CAGGUGGCUGAUCCAAAAGAAGACCGUGUUAGUGAACUCGCGUCAACAGGACCUGAUCAUGAGUUAAUGAUUGAUACCGCUUCACCACCAGAGGAGAUCAAGGAGCGUACUAUACAGUUGAUAAAUUAUAUGAAAGGUAAAGAUGUUAAGGCUGAAGAAUCUGUUACCAGUAUUGAACUGUGGGAUUUUGCUGGACAACACCUGUAUUAUGCAUCCCAUCCUGUCUUUUUAUCAUCACGUGCGCUGUACAUAUUAGUGUGCAACCUCAGCAAGUCAUUGCAUGACAUAUCCAAGCCCUGUGUGAGACAAGGAUCUCGUAAUGUUGAAUUGGAAAACCCAAAUGGAGAGACAAAUCUUGAGAACUUAUUGUCUUGGCUUUCCACGGUGCAUAGCGUCGCACAGAUGAGAAGAGGAACCUGUGAUGAUGUAGAAGAAACGGUGCCUCAUCAUUUGCGUCCCCCAGUGAUCAUUGUAGGAACUCAUGCAGACAGACCAUUUGAAGACAUUGCAACAAUGAAAACAGAAAUCCAGAACGCAAUUGCUGGUAAGGACUAUGAAGGACAUGUGGUGCGGCCCAUCUUCAGCAUUGACAACACUGCGAAAUUACUUCAAAAUAAGAUCAGAAGUGUUUUUAGGAAAGACGAAAACAUUGAUGACAUCCGAGCUCUACAAGUCAAAAUCAUGGAAGUGCUAAGACAGGAGCCUUACUUUGGGGAGGAGAUACCUGUGAGGUAAAUAAUGGUUUUUAAAAACAAGAACACAAUUCCAUUAAAAUUAAUAAUAAUUUCAUCGGUAACUCAGUGACUCUGACGUGACACUAAAGCGUGUCCAAAACAGGGUGUUACCAAACUUAGACUUAAGACAUAAGACCCCCUAAAAUCGGAUCCGUCGCCGAGAAGUAUAAGUGAAAUUAUAACCGAAGUUAAAGUAUAAACUGUCAAAUUAUCUUCUCUCCGAUCCUUUCCACGGAAGUUUUGGUCAAACUGAGCGGUAAAUUUUAGGGGUCUUAGUUUUCGUAGUUUCGGAAACAAAGACCCGUCGUAGUUUUCGUUAUUAUGAAACUGAACUAGGACCCUCAAAAGCGAACCGUAAAAUAUAUAUGAAGUCGGAUUACGACCGUUCAAACACUACAUGAUGCCGCAAAACUAUCAUCAGCUCGAUCCGCGUCUAAUUUGCACACAUAUCAGUUUAUUUUUGCGGACUGGCGAUUCUUUGUGUUUUGCGGUUAGGACAGAUUGGUUUUUCUCGCUGGGAAUUAAUUUUUGCGAUUUUCAAAAAGUAACCAGUACUCACCAUUGAUAAUAUUUUCGUUUUGGUUAAGUACGUGCACUCAGGGUGUAAUAGAAACACAUAUUUUCGAACAGUAUUACAUUAUGCGUACCCUGUGUAAAACCAGUAAUUCAUUGUAUUAAUACCGUUUUGUUUCUGAAUGAAAGAGGCAAGUUGUAAUCGAACAGACACGAUUUCUUAGUACUGUAUCUUUGCGGAGUGAAUUUACGUGAGAGAAUAUUUACUCUGGAGUAAAUUUUUGCGGUAACUUCAGUUUUCUUUGCGGGAACUUAUUUUUGCGGAUCGAUGGAAAAAUUGCAAAAAUUAGAACCCGCGAAAAUUCGUGCCACACAGUAUCCUCAUUAUCGCUUUCGGAAACGUUACCGCGGGUAGAGGGCAGGCACGGAGGGGUACAAAUUUUGACCCUGUUUUAUAAAGAAUACCCUUUAGGCUAGUAGCUCAAUUUUAAACACACUGUUCUAGAUUUUAGUAACUUUCCAAAGCCCUCCUUUUUUGAAAAACAAAGUUAUUUCUUUGCCUUUUCGACGUAAACUUCGACUUCGACUCAAAAUGCGACAAUUUUGUCUUUUUCUGUUUGGAGCGCAAAGCACGAAUGCAGAGUAAUAAUAAUAGACAGUACUUCAACUGAAUAACUAGUGGCCCUCAAACUAAACUUAUAAAACAAAAAUAAAAUUAAGUAACCAAAAAUACACAUCGUUAAAGAAAGAGAACUAUCAAUUUAUAUAUAUAUGAAAUACGGUAUUACUCGACAAUUACUUUACCACAGCCUACGACACGCAACAGGGGUUCAACAGUUUGUUUAUUUUUUAUUUUGCGUUUUAUGGCUGUUAGCAAUUUGAAACUUUCAUGAGUUCGAAAUCUUGUAUCCCGUUGUAGGUGAAAGGAAAAAAAUAUGUAACCCCGUUUUAAAUCAGGAAUCUCAAACUCACUGCCCCGUAUAGCUAUAGCUCCCCCGUAUAGCUAUUUUAGGGGAGUGGCCCUCCACCGGGUUCGGGGGUGGGGAGGCUUUCCACCCCGGUCAAACGUUUAAAACCAUUUUCCUUUCAUUAAGCGAGAUUUAGUCGACUCAGUCGCUGUCAAGUUAAAAUAAGACGAGUGUGCUUUAACUAAUGUCGAAAACCAAUUGGCUCUUUCCACUGAAAAGAGCCGUGUAAUGUUCUUUUUAUUAUAUAGACAAAAUGAUAUCGAUAAAAUAAUAGAUUUUUAUUCGCCAUAAAGUAAUCGUGACGUUUCAAAUUUACAGUACAGCAAUAGAAGACACUGUUUACAAUGAUCUUCAGAAAUAACACUGAGCUGAAUAGGGCUCUACAAUGACAAACUAUCAGCAAAGCUUUGAAAAAUGUGUAAGUAAAAUUCAAAAGACGCAAGACGCCUACAAAUUUCGGAUGGAAAUUACGGAAAUCACGUCAUCGAUAAACUCACGUGUGAGAUUAUGGAAAAUAAACCACUCGGGUCUCGGAUGUAGUUUUUAUGAAUUUUACGAGUGGUAUAUUUUCCAGUAAAACACUUGUGUCUAUAUAAUAAAUAACAAUUAUUCACCGAAGUGGAGGUGGCUAGUGGUGGUUAUUUACCGAGGCUGCGAAGUGGCGAGGUAAAUAUCCACCACCAAUAGCCACCGACACUGAGGUGAAUAAUUGUUUCAGUAUUAGUAUAUACUAAAACAGUGAGAUAAUUGAGCACAAAAAUGAUGAUUUUUAACUCAUUUACUGUUGCCAACGAUUACAAUUUUGGCACGCAAUGACCGAACGGCCGCGGUCGUCGCUUUUUCUUGCCGACAAAUAAAACUUUUGAAGGCGUUUGUUUCGCUCUUGUGGGGAAAUUUCUUCAAAAGGAGAUGUGAAUUCUUUUUGUUUUUAAAACCAUUCUGUAAAAAAGAUUAUUAAAUUUAGUUUUAAGCUUAUUUAUGAACAACUCAACUAAACAAGGUGACCACUUGAGACCCCACUUAACGCUAAUAGGCCUCUUGCAAUAGCUGCUCACGUGAUCAACUUUCUGUAAACAUGUAAAUAGUUCGCUUUUGGACAAUUCUGUUAGCAGGAACUGAAAGAGCAUGUUAAAAUUAAGUAACCUUUGGAUUUUCAGCCGUAUAUCUAAAAAGUAGCGAUCGCAACGUAAGCGGCCCGCGAAUAUUAGAAGGAAUUGUGUGAGAAAAACAACUCUCGCCACCCAGUCACGCUUGAAUAGUUUUGCAUACAAAUCCUUGUAAAUUUCGAUACUUAUGAACUGUCGCUAAGUUUUUCCCUUACGCAGUUAAGGACUCAAAUCGCCCGUUUAGAAUAAAAGGGAGAUUUGAGCCCCAUAAUGCUUCAGGAAAUAAUUUACGACAGUUUGAAAAUUUCCAAAUUUACAAGGGUUUGUAUGGAAAACUGGAUGGCAAGAGUUGUUUUUCUCUUCUAAUUUUUGGCGGUCGUUGCGAUCGCUAUUUUUAAGAUAUAAGGCUGAAAAUUGACAGGUUACCUGAUUUCAAUACGCUUUUUCAGUUCCUACUGACAAUAUUUUCAAAAGCCAACUGUUUUCGUGUUUACAAGAAGUUGAUCAUGCGAUCAACUAAUGCAAAAGGCCUAUUAAACCAGCUGUUUUAGGUAAGCCUAUAUUUAUCUUAUUUUUACUUUAUAAAGACCACAAGCAAUAACUACAGUAUGUUCUCCAGUAUCCGGACACUUCAGUUUAACAUUGCAAUAACUUCCCUUUGUUAGUCGCAAGAGCUCGGAAAUUUGGCCCAGCCGGAGAAAAUCUAUUUAGUCCUUAAUAUGACGAAAGAUAAUUAACUUUUUUACGUUUCUUUCCACCGCGAAAUUAAUAUUUUUUCAUGAGAGCUCCUAGGUUGCCCAGUAUCAGGCCAGCUGGCCCAUUAUCCGGCCACAACAAUAACAACGUAAUUGUACGUAAAUUGUACGUACAGGCAAGCGACUAAUAAGCUUCUCUUGCACUUGCAAAGUAGUCUGGCAAUCGAUUCGAAAAAUAUAAAUCGUUCUGGGAACCUAGCAUCGUGAAAUAAAACAUAACAAAUGACUGGGGUAUGGGGGGGAACGCAAGCGGCUGUUAAAUGGUAUAGUUCUUAUUUCCUUGUCUAGGAACUUUUUCACUGAUUUAAGGAACGCAUCCGUGGACAAGCCAAAGCAGCGGUUUGCAAGCUCAAUUAGCCCAUCUGCAAACCGGUCUUUUUCUUCAUUUUUUGUUUUUUUUUUUUUUUUUUGACCGCUUCCCACCUCAAUCUGAGUCAAAGGUCACUCUCCUAUUUAGUCUGACCUACAGUGUUGAUUUCGUCAUGCUCAGUCCCCACAUUUGGCCUGCUUUUUCUACUACUAAUUCCUCCUUCUUUUACACCUGUCAAUCCCGUUGAGACAUUUUUCAGUCCGUUGCAACCUCAUUCUAGCAGUCACAACUGGGGAAAGUAUGAGAAUUCCCGGUUUAACUCCGUCGCUUCCGGUUAUAUAUAGAAAAUGCAGUCACGCGAAAUAAGCCGUGCACGCGAAAUCAAGUCGCCUCUGAAUGAGUGAAGAAAAUAGAAUUUCCAUAAGGAGUUGAGUAGAAUUACAUUUUACGAUUAUAUCAUAUAUCCUAAGCUUUAAUUAUAGUUAUAGAUAUGAAAUAAAUCUUAUCCGGAUAAUGUGCGCAGCUAAUUCACCGAUUCUGUACAGCAAAGAAAAAACUGCCCGGAUACUGGGCAGCUGACAUCGAUACUUGGUGAAAGUUUGUGGCCUUCGUUAUUCCAAACAAAUCGAAUUUCAAGAAGAAUUAAUAAAAUUUCUGACAACCUGACUUCUUUAAAUAUCUUCACUUUAAAUAUAAAACAGUCUCUUUGAAAAUAUCACAUGUUACCUACCCUUUUCUGAGCAGCACUAAUUUUACUGCGUAGUAAACAGCGUGAUAUUAGCCAUGAAAAGUUUACUCACCUGAACAGAACGGCGUCUUCUGCGACUGUUUCGCAGCUUUAAACUCGCCAAAACUUUUAUCUUAAAGCUGAAAUGUUCUGCUUUAAUUCGAAAUACUUCGUUUACCGAGAAAAGUGAAAAGAGCGCCUCAAAAACUGAGUUUUUUGUUUAAGUGGCUGGAUACUGGUACCGUCCGGAUACUGGGCAACAUACGGUAAUGAAAAAUCUCUUACUUUGCACAUGACCGCUAAACAAAUUCCAAACGUCUUGGCGACUUUUGCUGCAACUUUAGUCGCCACUUUUUUGCUAUAUGGCGACCAGAAUGUUCACAGCUUGGAGCGAUUUUCUUUAGUGAUGUUUACCGCUUCGUUUUGGAACGUGUGCUCUGUAUUGUAGUCGGUGCAAGUAUAGUGUGCAGUGACAUGGGUACUAUAACGCGCGUUAUUUAGUUUCUCUUUGUUUUUAUAAACUAGGUGGCUGAACUUUGAAAAAGUCCUCAACGCUUUACUUUCCAAGCCCAAGCCAGUUUAUUACCUGAGUAUAACGAAGCUACGGACCCAUGCCAAGGAGAAGUGCUUCAUCCAUAGUAAGAAAGAGUUUACCACCAUGGUGAAUUUCUAUCAUGACCUGGGGGUAAUUAUCAAGCACCGUAGCACAGCCAUCUUGAGUACCCAGUGGCUGAUAGACUUGUUCGGGCAGCUGAUCACUAUUCCAGAUUUUGAAGAAAUGGUAAGAAAUACAUUUUGAACAUGUUUUUAAACUUGCAAUGGUUUCUAAUGGCCCACAUUUCGGAUGACUUUACAGGUGUCUAACCGUGCUAUAGCUUAUGAACAUGAUUAUUAAGUGCGUUGCACGCUAUCUCUUUGAAAAUGUUAACUGUUGCAAAUUAUUUGUGAACAGCAAAAUCGUAGUGGGUUGGCUCUCUAUUGAAUAUUUGCCCAGUGUAAAACAGUUAGGGUGGGCGUUUUCUCGUGGAUGUAAUUCUGAAAUGAAGUCUUACCCAACCAAACCUAUAACAACUGAAUUCAGUAGUAGUAACGCUUGGUCAGCAGUCUUCUUGUAAUCAACCCGCUAUACUCGCUAUACUAUACAGUUAAUCAUUUUCACUGCACCUUCUUUCUUGAACGAUAAAAUAUCCCAAGAGGAUUCCUGUUUCAAUUUCGAAGGACAGCAGGUGACAUCACGAGGUAGCCGCCAACAGUAAAAGGAGCUUAUAACUAAUUUACCUGCAGUUUACCCUUUAUGUAAGCUCAAAGGAAUCGGACAAACAAACAGAGUGAAAAUACAUAUUGUACAUAUAAACGAAGCCUUACUAUUUACCGCCCAAACUGAUGCACGCGCGGAGCGAAUUGCGAAAAAUUUGUAACAACGUCUUAACCUACACAAAACAUAGGCACGUUUUACGUGCAUGGGCUAUUUUGAAUGCUUCAGUGUAACAGUAUCGGCAAUCUACUGUUUUUAUCCUAAAUUAAGGCUAUGUUUUGUGCGAAAUUGGGUAUUACUGUACAUUGAUGAAAAAGAGAACCGCUGCGCAUAGCUGAUUCGUUCCUCAUACUACCGAUUCACUUAGUCGUUGUCUUUCCUUCAGACAUCUGGUGCAAAAUAAACAAAUUGUUAAAGUACUAUGAAUAUCAACGCACCAAACGUUGCUUAGAGGGAAGACUCGAAGGUUUCAAGGUUUCGUCAUGGUUUCUUAAAUUAAUGAAGCUUGUCGAAGACCGAAUAGCUAAGAAAUGUCACGAUUUUCAUCAUUAGCUAUCAUUGUUGUAGAUGGUUGCAUAAUCAUUAUUCACGAGGUUGUCACGUGCGAAUCUACUUUAAUGAAACAGUCUUUAACUCUGACCACUCAAUUCUAAAAGGGUUAUAAGUUUUUGCUUCUUAAAAGAAAAGGGCCUUUGCUUCAUACGUUCCAGUUACUAUUAUUACUGUGAAAAGCCGGUGUGCAUGAGAUGUAGAAUCGCACAGUUUGCACGUGAAAGUGUCGGACUUUGCCCCUUUCGUGGUUCGUACGUGAGGGAAUUCGAGUUAUCACACAAUAAUCUAGAAAACGGAAUUAUAAAAAUAACUCAUGCACACAAUUUGCACUUGAAGAUGUUGGACUUUGGCUUUUUUACAAUUCGUACCUAAAAUAACGUAAAUUGUUUACUAGAAAAUUUUCUCAAACGAUUUUAAGAAAUCACCUCGGCUUCAUUACAACAUCUGCAAUUAAAUUAUGCUUCAUGCGACGUCAAGGUUGAUACCUAACAUUUAUUAACUUCCAAGAAAAUAUUUCUACUCAUAUCAUUCCACUCCAUCAAACAAUAUGUAAUUAUUUUUUCAACUAGCUUCUUUCAUUUUAAUUCCCUAACCGCUACCGUUUCGACUUACGUUAUGCAUCUUUAUUAAUAAAAUAAAAUACUUUUCCAUAACUAUAAUAACUCUAACUAACUCCUCACCUAAUUCAUGUAUUUUUUUUCCUCCGGUAUGAAAAAGGUCUGUUGAACUUUGUAAGCGAGAGAAUAAAGCUUGUUUACAGGAUUAGGAAUACUCGUCUUGCGUUUCAAACUUCUAAAACAACAAUUUAUAGGCCGCAAACUUCCGAAUUAAAGUCCAUAGUUAUAUAAAUUUCAAUUAUUGUUUCAUUGGAAGAACUUUGAAAAAUAUAUGAUCUUUUAUACUCUACCUUGAAGCAGGUGAAACAGAACUCAUAAAAUUAAUUCUGAAAUAUGUGCGUUGUACCGUUCGCGAUAGCCGAAUUAGGUCAAAUGUCUUGAUGUAGCACCCACACAAAACUAUGGAACCGUCAACAGUUGCAUCACUGUACCCAACGUUUGAAUCAUAAAGAUAUUUCAAUACUAUGCUUCAAAACACUUUUAGCCGUAAUAAAAGGCGAAAAAACUGUGAAGAAUCAAGAUGGCGCUCUCUAAGUGGCCUGGUUUGACCUUAAGCAAUGUCAUUAACGGUUAGAUGCCAAAAUCGCAUUGGUUCCUACGCAUCAAAUCAUAGUACCUACAACCUUAUUGGCCCUGCAACAAACAUCCGAACAUACAAAGCCACGAAGCCACGAAGAUACAUACUCUCACACCACUGACAUAUGAGCAAUUUUUUCAAAAUAGCUCAAAAAACGAAGAAGUUUAGCUUGUACGAAGCAGUAUUGUCUCCUACAUACGCUGACUUUCUUUUUGCUCGUUACGCAACCCUCUCCAACUAGAUUACAGGUAGUCUCUCCUCCUCAGGGAUAGUGGAGCGAGCGAAUUACGCGAGCGCGCCUGAAAUUUGUCACCCUCGAGGAAGGUGACAAACGCUCCUGUAUUUUAAUCGCUCAAAUAUCCCAGAGGAAAAUAAGGGGCCACUCGUAGUCUAUCCUCAGUAGUAUAUUAGGCAUAGAAUCAGCCUUUUUUGCGGUGGAAUCUUCGGUGGAAUACAUAAACGCGGAUGACGUCAUAACCUUUUGUCUUUCUCUCAUGAAUUAAAUGCGGUUGAAUCUCUUUAAAGGGUUAAAAAUAGCACACGACCUUAUCUUAGAGCCAGUUGACAUCGAGGUGGAGGACCCUAGGUAGGUGAGGUAACCCGCUGAUGGUCACCCCAGCUAUCAUGUAAACGUGGUCAAAUUAAAGUGGGACAUUAUGUGGAUAGGCGGGUUACCCCACCUAAGCGGGUUACCUCACCUGCCUGGGGUCCCCCACCUCCAUGUACACAGGCCCUAAGAUAAGGUCGUGUACUAUUUUCAACCCUGUGGACAGGUUUUCCAGUUAUUUCUUGGUAGCUGAAGGUCUUGCUUUGUGAUUGGUUGACGACUACAUGUAAGAACUAGGAAAAGUAUUCAUUGGUUGAUUAAGGUUGUCGAACUCGCCUGUGACGUAGUUAUGCAAGUUACAUUUCAUACCGCUUUCAUUGUUCAAUAAGUUGUUCAGGUUUGCUAUGCGCGCAAAUCGUUAAUUUUUCAUGAGUAUGAAGCCACACUAGCCAUUUCUACCAAGAAAAACGCUUUUCCACUUUCCCAUAUCCCUUUUUCCUUUUCCACAUUCCAUUGUUUCACAUUGUUUCCUUCCACCACGACAACCACGUUUCUAUUGUUUUCUCUCAGCGCGAGGUUAUGGUGAACGUUGUAAAGAAAAGAAAACUUAACUUCGUAAAUCUUCUAACGUUAUUGGAAAGAAUUGUGUGACGAACCAAACGGAGGGCUGCUUAGGAGGCUAUCCUCUUUACUUUUAUUCACACAGUAGUACAGAGUACGUAACUUUUUCUGUAUAUGCGUCCCCACACAAAAAAAGGAAACUCUAGAUCUUUUUCUUUGUUUGUUAGUUAAAAUAUUAAAUAAAAUAACCAAUAAUUUACAAGUGCAUUAAUUAACUGGCUCAAAAUUCUCCCAAAAUAUCACUAUUUUAAGAAAACUUUGUUAUUGUCCUUCACCUUAUUCCGUCUUAGGUUCCUAAGGUUGCCAAGCACUGGAAGGAAGUUAAAGAAAGCGGUGUUCUCUCCAUGGAACUGGUUGAUCUUGUGUUUUCCAACUUUCUCCUGAAGGGUAUUGCCAGGAGAGACAUUCUUGAUUUGAUGGAACAAUUUGGAUUGAUUGCAAAAUUUUCAUCUUCAAAGACAGGUGAAAAGUAUUUUGUUCCAUCUCAACUCAAAGCGUCACCUGAUUCCCUUUGUUCCAUGGCGCCCUCAGAGCUGGACCCUUGUCCCCUGUUUGUUUACUUUGUCAGCGGUUCUGUUCCUCAUGGUCUGUUUACACGGCUUGUUUCUCGAUCUGUCCGUUGGUGUUCUGAAGCUGGUCCAACUCAGCCCCCUACCCUGUUCCACAAUGGAGCGUGGUUUGUUAUUGGGAAGCAAAUUUUCCAUGAUUUUGUUCUUAUUUGUAAAAAGCAGUUUAUUAAGUUUUUUAUCAAGCAAAGAAACCAAACUCAGCAGAUCUCAGUAGAUGACACAAGUGAGGUGGCGGUGCAGGUUCGUAAGUUUGUGGAGGCAACUUUGCAAGUUUUGUCACGUGAUCUCUAUAAAGGUGGAUUGCAGUAUCAUAUUCGGGUUGCCUGUCCGUAUUGUCAGCGGGAAAAAUGUUCAAGCCAUAAUCAGAUUGCAUGUUCUCAUGAAGAUUGUCUUCACCUCCUUGAGUUAAGACAAGGCGAUCCUCUGAUUUGCAAGAAGAAACCUGCAGAGGAGGUACUCACAGUUACGGGACAAGAAAAGUGGUUUUCACACAUAGAAAGUAAGGUAGGUAGCAGUGAAAUGCAAUCUCUAGCAGUGCUGUUAACAUAUUACAUUUCAAAUCGAAUACACAUACUACUUAAAAUUGUGUCUUUAUAAAGAGUAGCCACAGUGACUGUAGCCAUAUAUUUAAACUAAAGAGGCUUCAACAAAGUCCAUGGAUGUGCUUUGUUAAGGUUAUGGUAUGAGGUUUAACGUAUGCCUUUAUUUAUCCUACCACGAGUUCCACUGGAGUGUACGACAAGGCUUUGUUGCUAUCAACUUAGCGAACAUUGGUACUUAAAAUCAAGAAAGUUGAUAAGGUCAAUUGGCUACCAUGUAUUAAUAAUUGUUAUUGGCGUGUAGCCAUAGCAGUUGGUAUAUAACUUUUUCUCAAGGUCUUUGUAAAUGUGAUGUUUUGCUUUGCGGGUGGGCAAUAAGUUUGUAGCAUCUACCGUGUUGAUAACAUGUUUUGCAAACUUUCAUUCAAAAAGCCCCUAGAUAUUAAAUUUCUAUUUUAAAGUAUCCAAAUUUUGGUUCCCAUGCAGGAAGCGUGUUCUCCAUCAUCAUCACCUGAUACUGCACAGGUUCGUCCAGAGCGUCUGGUACUGAAAGUUACCCUUCUAGCGAAUGAGUGGGGCUCGUCUAAGGGUGGCUUGUCAACAAUAAACAGGACUCUUGCCAUACAUUUGACAAAAGACGAAAACGUAGAAGUGACCAUUCUUGUACCUGAAUUUGAGUGUGGAGAAAAAGACAAGAGAGUUGCCAAAAGUCACAACAUUUCCAUCAGGGAAGCAGGGCAUCUACCUGGCUUUAGUGAUCCUCUUGACUGGUUGAGCUAUCCACCAGAAGACCUUGACAUUCAGGUUGUGAUCGGCCAUGGAGCAAAGCUUGGUAGACAAGCACAGAUUAUCAGAAAGUCUUAUCGAUGCAAGUGGGUGCAGGUUGUUCACACUGAGCCUGAAGAGCUGGCAAUGCAUAAGAACUAUCCAAGCGCCAUUGCCAAGGGAGAAGGGAAGAACAGAGCUGAAGUUGACCUUUGUCAAAUUGCAGAUCUCGUUGUAGCCGUUGGACCCAAGUUGAAAGAAGCGAUCUCGUCCCAGUUGCGUUCAUCUCGUCGAGAAAUCUUUCAAUUAGUACCAGGUUCCUUUACAGAGUUUUCAGAUGUUGAGCAUUCUGAACAAGAGAAUGUAAAUUUCAAAGUGUUAACCUUCGGUCGCGGUGAUUUCGAAGACUUCAGUCUUAAAGGAUACGACAUUGCCGCUCAAUCCAUAGUUGAAUUGAAGGACAGCUCGUAUAGUCUUGUUUUCGUUGGUGCAUCCGAUGGAAGGCAGGAUGACGUCGCAGAAAUCUUACUCCAGAGUGGCAUUUCAAAGAACCAGCUGAUUGUGAGAUCAUUUGUGAAAGACAAACAAAGAUUGAGAGAGUUGUUUUGUGAAGUCGAUCUGGCCAUCAUGCCAUCAAGAACUGAGGGGUUUGGUUUGACAGCAUUGGAAGCCAUGUCAGCCGGUCUUCCCAUUCUGGUAAGUGGAAACUCCGGAUUUGGAAAAGCACUGCGUGGUCUUCCAAUGGGUGAGUCAUUUGUGAUCGACUCUGAUGACCCCAAGGAAUGGGCCAAGGCAAUUGCAGCUAUCCGUCAAAAAUCAAGGACAGAGCGGCUUGAGGAAAUCCAAAGACUGCGAAGAAGUUAUGAUGAAAGUUUUUGUUGGGAUGGACAGUGCCAGGCCCUUGUUGACAGGAUGUGGAAGAUGGUCUAUGGUAAGAAAUCAAAUUUACCGAUAGAAAAGUAACGAUAAUAAUAAUAAUUAGUACCUGAUGAUUUUCAAAUGCGUAUCUUUUCAGUGUUAUCCUCCAUUUGGCCUUCAUAAUUCAUCUCUGUAUGUCCAUUGCUUCUGCUUUAGGGAUUGCAAAAAAAAACAUUUUUACUAUAUUAUGUUUCGUGGUCCAUGUGCAUCCCUGCAGAAAUAUUUUUGUUAAACUUUUAUUCUUAACAUAGGGAUUCACAUUCUCCACACUGUUCUUCAUACAUUCCUUGGGUUACUGAUGAGGAGAUUUUGUUUAACAAUCAAGAUAUUUUUUUACCGGCUGAUCAAUUCUAUUUUUUAAAACUUUCAUGUAUAAUUUUAUAACAUAUUGGCUACAAUUGGAAGAGUUAACGAUCAAUUAAAAUUUUGACUCUAUAAGAUUGCGAUACAUCAAAGUCAUCUGAUUUCUAUUCAUAUCGAGCAGCAAUGGUGGGUUGUCACAAAAAAUGAAGGUUGGAAUCGUUCAUUCUUUUUAAGAGUGACAUAGUUUUCUGUAAAUCAUCAAUUUUUUAAACUUUACAGCUCUUGAAAAAAACAGAGAAGAUGACGUUCCACAGAACGACUGUGAAAAAGAUGCUGCAACAGAAGCGAUAGCAGGUAAUUUCAUUGUUUGCUUUGUCAAUUAAACCAGUAGAGUGAGGUUAUUUUCUUCUGUUAAACCAGGGUACUUUCGAUUUUUCGGGUGCUUUUAGCUUUUCAAUGCUUAGUGUAACAUCUCCAAGUAAACUGACGUAAAUAAUGUUUCCCUCUCCCGCUUACAGGCCAAACCAUUUAAAUUUACUGCUAAUUUUAAACUUUUGCAGGUGUUACAAAAAACCGAGAAGAUGACGUUCUAAAGAAUGACUUUGAGAAAGAUGCUGCAACAGGACCGAUGGCAGGUGAUGUCAUUGUUUGCUUUGCCAAUUAA